UCCCUCGACGUGUAUCUCCAUCUCUCGCUUUUGUCUCUCGCUCGUUGCCAAACAGAAAAACCGACCCCUCUCGCGCGUUCCCAUUAUGUGAAAAUCAAGCCGGGCCCGUGUCCACGUUUCGUUUACGCUAUUUAAUACAAACGAGAUAGGCAACGUAUUGUUCGCCGGCUAUAUAAGGUCUACCUGUUCCGAUCGAACGGACAGAGAUUCGCUUAGAUCCCGAAUAGAUGCACGCAAGCAUGAAGUCCCUGAUCGUCUUAUCGUGUCUUUCGCUGUCGGCGCUGGCUUUGCCCUCGUACGCGGCUUAUCAUCAGACAUACGGGACGCAAGCCGGUUAUUAUCACGGAUCGCCAGCCCCGCUUGCACACGACGGUCGAGUGGUCGACACGCCGGAAGUGGCGCACGCCAAGCAAGCGCAUUUGGCAGCGUACGCCGCGGAGGCCGCCAAAGCGGCGCAUCAUAGCGGCGGAUAUUUCGGGGACGAGAGCGAUGGCGACAAUUACGUCGGAUAUCACGGCGCUUAUCACGGACCACCGGCGCCGCUCGGCCACGACGGACGAGUGGUGGAUACGCCGGAAGUGGCUCACGCCAAGGCCGCGCAUUUGGCCGCCCACGCCGAGGAGAUCUCGAAAGUCGCUCAUCUGUCGCAUUUCGAUCCUUACUCGCACGCCAAGUGGUAUCAUUUCCCUGGGUGUGGUUGUACCCCGCGAGUGUCGCGCGCGAUCAGGUGGGGCGCAACACGCCCGACCGUACCCCCUAUAAAUUGCACCAUGCAUCUGGGUAGCAGUCGUAAUGCGGAUCUAACGCACGUAUCGUUAGCCGCGAGCACAGUGUCGAGAGCCGGGCACCAGGAUACCUUCGCAGAAGUACUCGCCGCGAUGAUCGGACACUUUAUCUUCUUCGUACUGUUGAGCGCCGCACUGGCGUCUCCCCAGUGGUACGGGCCUCAUGCGUCCCCAGCUCCAUUGGGUCCCGAUGGUCGCGUGGUCGACACACCAGAAGUUGCGCAACUGAAAGCCGCUCAUUUGAGCGCCCUCGCGGAAGCUAACGCACGCGCGCCGAGAGGUCCGGGACCGGCCUACGCCGGACCCAGUGGCUCUUCUUACGCUUCUGGAAACUACAUUCCGCAUUACAGCGGACCACCGGCCCCGUUGGGUCCGGACGGUCGCGUAGUCGACACACCCGAAGUUCAGCAAGCCAAGGCCGUCCAUUUCUCUCUGUACAAUACGGAAGCGCGUCGCGUGCCGGCCGGUCCAGCUGAUCCAGUUGCCGCCGGCGCCUACAAUCCGUCCUGGAAUAAUGGCGCCUACAAUCCCGCCUGGGACGGUCCAGCUGGCAAUUAUUAUUAGAAGCGCAAUAUAAUUCGUUAGAGAGCACACGUGCAAGGAAAACACCCGGCCGGAUCAAACCGAUCCCCCCGACAUGCAUACACUUUCGCCCGUUCGACUCUCGAAAAUCGGUCGAUCCGGUUUACGAAACAUCCCGAACUUCCCUUUCAGCUACCUCAGAAUUCGAAGACUAUCGUUAACUACCUCCGAUCAAUAUAUACGUACACGUAAACACAACAUUUACAUGCAUACAAACACACACACACAUGCAAGUUCGAACUAAUGGUGCUUCGUCGAUGCGUCUUCCACCUCAAUAUAAUCUCUUCCCGCCUGUAUUUCUCUGUACGCUGCGUUUUAACGCAUUCCCCGCUAUCACGCGCGAGUACUUGUAUCCGGUGUGAAAAAAAAAAAAAAAUAUAUAUAUAUAUGUGUAUAUGAGACAGA